GGGCCAACCAAAACCCGAAAACGGCAAAAACAAUUCAAAUAAAGUCUCCACCCCACCACCGCUGUCCAUGGAUCGACCUCCACCUACCUCUGGCGGUAAGCUGCGCCUCAUGUGCAGUUACGGCGGCCACAUAAUCCUACGGCCACAUUCCAAGUCCCUUUGCUAUUUAGGAGGUGAAAGCCCCAUCGUUUCCGUUCCCGCCUCCACCGCUCUCUCCGUCUCCUCCCUCAUUGCCCACCUCGACUCCACACUUCACAUCACCACUUUGUUUACGGUUAAGUAUCUGAUUCCUUAUCACGACCUCGAUGCCCUGAUCUGUAUUGCUAACGAGGAUGACCUCCGAAUCAUGGUUGAGGAACUCGAAAGCCUUUCCGCCUCGCCCGAUCCUUCUCGCAUCCGGUUGUUCCUCUUCCCCAUCAAGCCUACUUCGCUGGUUUUCACUCAGUCCAGUCUGCCCGAGGUUGAACAGCCAACUGUGCAUCGGCGGGAGGGGACCGGAGCCCGAUUUGGCUUGGGGCUGCACGGUGCAGAGUUGAUUCGGACAGAGUUAAGUCAGGCCCAGUCGAGUCGAAGAGGGUUGAAUCACCCAAAGACGGAGAGUUGGUUUGUCGAUGCACUGAGAAGUGCGAAGAUAGUGCAGAAGGGAGACAGUGGGGUGGCAGGCUUUGGAGCAGAGUCUGGGGGGAGUGGCCAGAGUGAAGGGAUCGGUCUUUGCGGACAGGAGUCUUUUGCAUUGGAGACGAGUUCUUUCUUUUGGCUCGACAUCCUCUUCGGCACCUGGGUUCAUCACGAACCCAGGAUGAACCCAGCUUGCGCGACUGGGUUCGCAAUAAACCCAGCUCGUGUGAUUGGGUUGGCAAUGAACCCAGCUCGCACCUGGGUUCACGACAUAGCCAGACACAAGCUGGGUUCUCAAUCUCUGCCAAGCCGCGAACCCAGGCGCGAGCUGGUGCCGUUGCGAACCCACGCUCCUGGGUUCGUUGCGAACCCACGAGCUGGGUUCAUCGCGAUGAACGAACCCACGAGCUCGUGGAUUCGUCACGACAAACAAACCCACGAGCUCGCGGGUUCAUCGCGACGAACCCACCCACGAGCUCGUGGGUUUGUCACGACGACCCCUCGAGCUCGUGGGUUCAUCGCUGCAAACCCAGGAGGGGUUCAUCGCGACGAACCCAGACUCCUGGGUUCGCCUAAAGGUAUUCAUCCUGUGUCCCACAACCCACCUGCCUUACUGCCAGUUACAUCAUACAUUCCAGUGUAUCAGCCAGUGCUCCAGCAGCAACAGCCCCAUUAUCAUUCCAAUCAACCUUUCCCCCUGUACUAUUUGCCUGUCACACAGACUCAACAGUACAAUUACGCGGUGCAAUGUGGACUGGUUCAUACACCAACAUUUGCCGCUGGUCAGCCCCAAAAGCAUCCAAAUCCUUCAGGGGUCCCUCCCCCAAUUGAUUUUGAAGGAGCAAACCAAGUAGUUCAUGUAAACUAUAAUAAGACUGAGCAGGAUCCUAUCCCUACUCAAAUUCAUCACCAGCCUCAAUCGUUUGCAGUAGCUGUUGGUGAGACAACAAAGUACAAUAAUGAGCCUGAUUAUGAUUCUGCUCGCAUCCAAAUAUACAAAUCCCAGCCUCCGCCUUCAACAUUGCCAUCUCACCAUCAAACCAUGACCACAUCCACUACAGCACUGCUAUCUGACGCCUUGGCACAGUUGCAUAGCAACUUACCUAAGCAAUAGAACAGAACAUCAAAUCCGCAAUGAGCACUACCAAAGGGAAACAAUUCUGGUAAUGGUGACUUGUAAUUUCAUUUUUCUGUCAAGAAACAGAAAAUGAAAUG